UUGGCCUUGGCCGUGUGCCUAUCCACGCACUCCCCUAAGGGGCCAAAGGUCUUCUCCCCGUCCAUCUCUCCACACAUUUCUCCCCAAAUAGCCCCUCCGCCGAAACGGGAGCAGCGCAGCGCAGCGGAACCCUCCCUCAACCCUACCUCUCCCUCCCCAAUCCAUGGCCCUCUCCCGCCGCCUCCUCCCCCUCUUCCUCCGCCGCGGCGGCGGCCUCCCACCUCCCCCCACGCGCGCUCUCUCCACGGCGGCGCUGCCGGCCGACGUCCCCGCCGCAGAGGAGGAGGACGACUCCAUCACCAUCAAGGGCGUGCGCAUCUCGGGGCGGCCGCUCUACAUGGACAUGCAGGCGACCACGCCCGUGGACCCGCGCGUGCUCGACGCCAUGCUCCCCUUCUACCUCUCCCGCUACGGGAACCCGCACUCCCGCACCCACCUCUACGGCUGGGAGUCCGACGCCGCCGUCGAGGAGGCCCGCGCGCGCGUCGCCGCCCUCGUCGGCGCCGACCCCAGGGAGAUCUUCUUCACCUCCGGCGCCACCGAGUGCAACAACAUCGCCGUCAAGGGCGUCAUGCACUUCUACCGCGACCGCCGCCGCCACGUCAUCACCACCCAGACCGAGCACAAGUGCGUCCUCGACUCCUGCAGGUACCUGCAGCAGGAGGGGUUCGAGGUCACCUACCUCCCCGUCCGCCCUGACGGCCUCAUCGAUGUUGCCCAGCUCGCCGACGCUAUCCGCCCCGACACUGGGCUCGUCUCCGUCAUGGCCGUCAACAACGAGAUCGGCGUUGUCCAGCCACUCGAGGAGAUUGGUCGCAUCUGCCGCGAGAAGGGCGUGCCCUUCCACACUGACGCGGCCCAGGCGCUCGGGAAGAUCCCAAUCGAUGUCAACCAGAUGGGGAUUGGACUCAUGUCACUGUCUGCCCACAAGAUUUACGGGCCCAAGGGCGUGGGGGCGCUCUACCUGCGCCGCCGGCCUCGCAUUCGUGUGGAGCCGCAGAUGAGUGGGGGUGGCCAGGAACGCGGCAUCCGCAGUGGGACAGUGCCCACCCCGCUUGUUGUUGGAUUUGGUGCUGCCUGUGAAAUUGCGGCUAAAGAGAUGGACUAUGACCACAGGCGAGUCACUGCUCUGCAGCAGCGUCUGCUUGAUGGCAUCCGUGGAAAGGUUGAUGAUGUUGUCAUCAAUGGAAGCAUGGAGCACCGGUACUCAGGCAACCUCAACUUGUCAUUUGCAUAUGUUGAGGGUGAGAGCUUGCUGAUGGGGCUGAAGGAGGUGGCUGUCUCAAGCGGUAGCGCAUGCACCAGUGCCAGCUUGGAGCCUUCCUAUGUGCUCCGGGCGCUUGGGGUGGAUGAGGACAUGGCGCACACCUCAAUUCGCUUUGGCAUUGGCCGUUUCACCACUGAGGAAGAGGUGGAUAGAGCAACUGAGCUCACUGUGCAUCAGGUGAUUAAGCUCCGUGAGAUGAGUCCACUCUAUGAGAUGGCCAAGGCAGGCAUCGACAUCAAGAGCAUCCAGUGGUCACAGCACUGAGGCUGCUUUCACUAUCGUUAAUCGCUGGGCUGCUUUAGAUGUGCACGGAUUGUCAGAUACAUAGGUCUGGCAUCUAGAAGAUACUUUCUUUGCAUUCUGGCGCAUAUGAUGGCUCUGUCAUGAGUCGAGACUACCAAUUUCUACCACGGAGUACACAAGAGGCAUGUUUUGAGCAGUCCAGGCAUGAUGCUGAUGGUGAAUACAAUCUGGAGGCUGGUAGUUAGCUGUGGUUCUCUAGAUGGAACAUCUCAAAACACGAAAUAAAUGAUACUUGGUUUGUACUCGGAUACUUUUUGGUUUGUACUCUUAUCUGCCUAGAUGGAACAUCUCAAAACAUGAAAUAAAUGAUACUCCCUCCGACCCAUAUUAGUUGUCUCAAAUUUGUUCAAAUAUAAAUGUAUCUAUGUUUAAAAAACGUCUAGAUACAUGUAAUAUUUCAACAAGUAAUAUGGAUCGGAGGGAGUACUUGGUUUGUACUCCUCAGAUACUCGGUUUGUACUCUUAUCUGUCUGAGGUACAAUCUUACUCAGUUACAAGGAUCUGUUCAUUUUCUUGUUGCUGAUACAAA